AUGAAAACAGAGAACGCCUCAAGCCAAUUAUUAAAAACGAUUCAAUUGUGUGGACGCUUAGGUUUACCUUUGCGAGGACACAUGGAUGAUGGUUAUCUUAAUCCAACUCAAACAGAUAAAGCACUAACUUGCCAACAAGGUAAUUUUAGAGCGCUUUUGACAUUAAGAAUCAAUCCAUUGUGCAUUUGCAUUCGAUAUGUUGGCAAAGAUGGCGUCGUUAAAGAGGAAUUUGUUGGAUUUGGGAAAAUUGAAGAUUUUACAGCCAAAGGCAUUUUUGAGGAAAUGGUUCAGAGACUCACAACUUUGGGGCUAGACAUUAGUUGUUGUGUUGGUCAGGGUUAUGAUGGAGCAUCUACAAUGUCUGGUUAUGUUAGCGGUGUUCAAGCAUUAUUCAAAAAUAUUUGUCCUACAGCCAUUUACGUUCACUGUUCUAGUCAUUUACUAAAUCUUGUGCUGAAUCAUUCUUCUGCUGUUGUUUGUAUAAGGAAUAUGUUUGACGUUGUCUCAGAAGUAAUCAAUUUCAUUAAAAAGUCUCACAAGCGACGAGCAAUAUUUUCCUGUACAUUAAUAGGCUAUUGUGAAACUAGAUUUAUUCAACGUCACGAUGCUCUGAAAUUUGUUGACCAUUUCAAUGACAUUAUUGUUGGUUUAAAAGAAAUCCAUGAAAACAAUGACCAAAAGUUUGAUGCAAAGACACAACAACAUGCUUAUUCAUUACUUGUUGCAUUGCGUAACCCUUCUUUCUUAGUCAGUCAAGCCUGUGCGAAGAAGUUAAUGAGUCUAACUGUAUGGCUAUCCAAGAAACUGCAAGCAGUGUCUUUGGCAUUGUAUGAUGCUGUAGCUUUGGUGGAUGACAUUACUACUGAAGUUGGCCGAUGGAGAACAGACGAGACAGAGUGGCAAGGCCAUGAAUUUACUGCAUUCAAUCAGAAUGAACAUCUUGCUAAAAUGGCCGAAUGUGACAUUACAAAACCCCAUUUAAGUUCCAAUAGUGUAUGGCGAACAACAUUUACAGAUUUUCAAGAACUUAAUGCUGCUGACUACUUUAAAAUAGUUAUAUGUUUCCCUUACUUGGAUAGUGUUUUGUUACAGUUCAGGGAAAAAUUUUGUAACCAUUCUGUAACUGCACUUCUGUUAUCUAAAGUUGCUACAGGAUCUGCAUCGCCCAAAGAUUUAAUAGCUAUUCAUUUGUUUUAUAGCAGGUUUCUAAAAUGCACAGUAGAAGAACUAGUGAACCAGUUUCACAUACUUAAAACCUUUCUCUCAUGUUCAUGUAACAAAAACAAUAGUCUACAAAAGUUGUUUGGUGAAAUAUCAAAAGAAAGAUUUCCUAUUAUAUACAUUUUUUCACAAAUUUCAAUCACUCUUUCUGUAACAUCUUGUGAACUAGAACGUUGCUUCAAUGCUCUAAAGCUUUUAAAAUCAAGAAUACGAUCUUCUAUGGUCGAUCAUCGCUUAAAUGGUCGUCUUGCCCUUAUGUUCAUUCACCCAGAAAUUAAUAUUGACUCAGACAUGGUUAUCAAUGAAUUUGUCUUGAGAACACGCAAAUUGGAUUUUGUGUUAUAA